ACGUGCAGAACGUCACAGAUACAUGGGUGUGCCAUGCACCCGAGAGCUGCGGUUGUCAAUGGAAUGCGACGAAUAGUCUGCUUGUCCUACAACCAAGAGGAUGCAAAGAAAUGGGCGCAGAUGCGCGGGUUGCAUUGUAUGCACCAGAGGCGCUUGCACCCUACGUAUCGCUACCGUCCACGUUGUACGGCCAGACAAGCUAUUACAGUGGCACCACAAUCAAUGGUACAAGUACUUGGGUUGUCACAGCCAUAGCGAACUGUAUGAGCCCCGACUCCGCUUACCGGUCCACUAUUCUAACCGAUCAUGCGUCCGCAGACACUCCGGCUACUAUCAGCGAACUCACAACGUAUCAAGACGGUCCGAGUUCGGUCGUACAAGUUGUGCCAGGUUUGACUCCUGCGCCGUCGACAGUAGCUGCAGCUGCAGCCACCUCCGCAAGUGCCGGGUCGGGCGCCGCUUUGACGACUGCGAGCCCAACCAGUAGUGCAGUUGCUAGCAAUAAUUCCGGACUCUCGAAAGAUGCGCAAAUCGGCAUUGGGGUAGGCGUGGGAGGUGGCGUAGUGCUCAUUGCUAUUGUCGCUCUCUGCGCAUUCUGCUGGGGUAGGCGUCAGCGCCGCCGCAACACCCAAUAUGGAAAGCAAGCUCCUGCUCAAGCCUCUGCGUUCCACCUCGGAUCGCCGCCCAUGCAAGCAUCAUCACCUUACUAUGUCGGAGGGGACGGAACGCAAGGCUGGCCGAACACGUACCCGACAAUGCAGCCCAUGCAGCCUUCACCUGUGCAUAGUCCCGGUCAAGCGUCGCCAUAUCAGGACCCGCAAUAUGCGUUCGCGGGCACACAUUCGCCGCCGCCAGCAGAGUUAAUGAUGCAGAAAGCGCAGCCCACAGAGCUGCCAGCAGAGCAGGGACCGCAUGAAGUGGACUCAGUCGCAAUAAACUCGCCUCCAACGCCAAGUCCACAUUAUGCGGACGUCAUGAGCCGCAAGCUAUGAAGUCAAGCGAGCCAGACGUGGUGUCUCUUAAAGUGUCGAGUGUACAUCGUCGGCGUGGAUCAGC